AUGCCAGAGCUCGCAAAAUUUCGGUACAUUUUGACUGUCGCGCUGAGUGAUUUCACAUGGCUCGCAGAGGCGGGAGAAGAGAGAAGGAGGGCGAUGAAGGGUAAACCGCCAGCAACCUGGUACGGGAUCCCCCACUCUACUCUGCGAGCUAAGAGAAGCUAUCUAGGAGCUAAGGAAGCCAAGGUGUCAACUUUCGAGGGUACAUACUUGGGUGCGGGAAGCGUACAUAGGCAGGCAGGGGAAACAAAAUGGAUGGACGUACUUACACCGACGCUAAUGCGAUGGAAUGGCAUUUCUGCGUUCUGGACAGACAAUUUGCAGCGUGACGCACAUACCCGACGGACGUUCUACAAGCAGAAAAAUUCCGUGCACACCCUGUCUCAGGCGUUCAUCACUCACCUUUCUUCUGGAUUCCGGCAGCGGUGGCGACGGCACAACGGCUCAGAGUUGUGCACGAUCGCUGAAACUGACUCUUCACGCUGGCCGCGUACACACGAUGCCGAAGGCGAAGAUAACACAGGGGAAAUGGGAAGGAAAGAUACACGGGAACGUCCUUCAAAUUUAGGUGACCGCCCGGGAGAAGUCAGUGCAUCUACGACAAAAGUAUAA